UGGGAGGCCCGGUCACUAGGCAACAGCUCAGCUGCGCCCCAGCAGCAUCAGGACCAGCAAAAGGCCGUCACUCAGCCGCCACUAACUCCACCAAUAUUCUGAAUUCAGGAUAAAUUUAAAAUCCAGUACUCUGAAAGCCUCCAAAAUUGUUUUUCAAAUAGCUCCAAUAUCCUCACCUCUCCCUAACUCUGAAAUUUUCCCUCCAGCCCCACAAUCCUCAACCAGAUGACUGAGUUCAGCAUUGACUGAGAGUGAAACUUGUGCAGAGGACAAAGAUACUGCUGCCUUUUCUUACUUUUCUUUCUAUUUAUUACCUCCAUGGGAUGUGGACAUCACUGACCAGGCUGGUAUUUGUUGUCCAUCCCUAAGUGCCCUUGCACUGAGUGUGUUGCUGGGCCAUUUCAGAGGGAAGUGAAGAGUCAACCACAUCGUUAUGUGUACGGAGUAACAAGUAGACCAGAUAACAGAUAAGGAUGUCAUAUUUCCCUGACUACAGGACACUAGCCCUGGAGCGUGUCCAGCGGAGAUUCACACGGAUGAUCCCUGGAAUGGUGCUCUUGGAGAAAGUUUUCAGCCCAAUGCCAUUUGGCAGUUCCGUAAUAUGAUCAAGUGUGCUGUUCCGAACAGCCGUCCCGUAUUUGACUACAGCGAUUAUGGAUGUUACUGUGGAUUUGGAGGGACUGGAUCUCCUGUUGAUGAACUGGACAGAUGCUGUCAGAUCCAUGAUAACUGCUAUGGAACAGCCAGCAAGAUUAAGGAAUGCCGGCCAAUCUAUGACAAUCCCUACUUCAAAUUGUACAAAUACUCGUGUUCUAGCAGCACGAUCACUUGUGGCCCCGUUGCAAGUGCGAACAUUUCACCUCGUGCUAUAUGGCAGUUCAGGAAGAUGAUUAAAUGUGUGAUUCCAGACAGUUCUCCCAUUUUGGAUUACAACAAUUAUGGAUGUAACUGUGGAUUUGGUGGUUCUGGAAAAUAUGUUGAUGAAUUAGACAAGUGCUGCCUGAACCAUGAUAUCUGCUACAGAAAGACAAAAGCAGAGCACUGCAAAGGUUAUAUGAAUAACCCAUACAUUGAACUUUAUUCUUAUUCUUGCUCUGGGAAAGAAAUCACCUGCAGCAGCAAGAAUAAUCCCUGCGAAAGUGAUAUUUGUGACUGCGAUCGUACGGCAGCAAUCUGCUUUUCACAGUCUGAUUAUAACCCUGACCACAAAAAUCUGGACAAGGAACUCUACUGCUGA